CAGACAUCCCCAGCACUUCACUCACACACUCACACACACUUACACCUCCUCUAGCCGUACCACCUCCACCAUGGCCUUCUCUAACCUGUCUGCUUGCUCCAGCGACCUGAGCUACAGCAGCCGGAUCUGCCUGCCCGGGUCCUGUGACUCCUGCACCGGCUCCUCCUGGCAGGUGGAUGACUGUCCAGAGAGCUGCUGCGAGCCCCCCUGCUGUGCCACCAGCUGCUGCACCCCGGCCCCCCACCUGACCCUCCUCUGCGCCCCAGUGAGUUGUGAGUCCAGCCCCUGCUGCCAGCCAGCCUGCAGCAGCUCCUGCCCAGCCUCGUGUGGCCAGCAGUCCAGCUGCCAGCCCUCCUGCUGCACCUCCUCCCGCUGCCAGCAGGCCUGCUGUGAGCGUGUCUGCUGUGAACCUGUCUGCUGUAGGCCUGUCUGCUGCACACCUGUCUGCUGCACACCUGUCUGCUGUGAGGCCUCCCCGUGCUCAACCUCCUCAUGUUGCCAGCAGUCCAGCUGCCAGCCCUCCUGCUGCAUCUCCUCCCGCUGCCAGCAGGCCUGCUGUGAGCCCGUCUGCUGUACACCUGUCUGCUGCAGGCCCGUGUGCUGUGAGGCCUCGUCCUGCUGCAGACCCUCCUCCUCCGUGUCCCUCCUCUGCCGUCCUGUGUGCCGCCCCGCCUGCUGUGUGCCCGCCUCCUCUUGCAAGCCCAGCUGCUGCCGCCCGGCCUCCUCCGUGUCCCUCCUCUGCCGCCCUGCGUGCCGCCCCGCCUGCUGUGUGCCCACCUCCUCCUGCCAGCCAAGCUGCUGCCGCCCGGCCUCCUCUGUGUCCCUGCUCUGCCGGCCUGCAUGCUCCCGCCUGGCCUGCGGCAUCCCCACCUCAGCCCUGGAGCUCUGCUGCUGACCGGCCAAUCACUUGCCCUCCACAAGCUGCUGUCUCUCACAAGCUCCAGGAGCCCCUCUGCUGGUGCCAGGACCUCCCCUCUCCCAAAGUUGGACACGCAGCUGCUGCCCAGAGAGGAUUUGAACUUGGCAGGCAUCUCAGAAAGCCCUUGACAGGGUGGACUGUGGGGCCCCAGGAGCCUCCUCUGCAGGACAGGCUGCUUGAAUCCCAUAUGACAAACAUCAACUGCUCUAAUGAAUAAAGCGUUUGUGUCAGGAAA